CACGCGCACGAGCGCGCGCCUGAUACCAACCCAGUGGAGAAAAGGAAUGGGGUCUUUCUGACUGGAGCACUUUCUUACUCUUCACCUCGCCUCUUAGAUUUCUUUUUUCCCCCUCUCUUUUGCGUUUGCUAUUUUUCCUCUUUGCUCUCGUUUUGUUUUUGUUUUCUUUUGGCCUUCUCCUCCCCCAACCACGGGAAGCUCAUUUGGAGUACCUCCUUGUGUCUCACUGAAUACACACAAGGAAAAUGCGAAAGGAGGGACGAAGUGGGGAGACUUGACAACUUUUAACUCUCUCUCUCUCCUUUUGGUGGUGACUGCACUCAGCGCUGAGGUUUGGUGGGGAGGUCCUGGUCUGGACUCCUAGUGGUUAAGUUUCUCCUUGAUGAUCCUGAUCUCUUGGUGGUUGCAUGGUGGUCCCAUACUCUUGGUGGUGGUUUGAAUGUCUGAGUCUUGGAGAGGCAUUGGUGUGACUGUACCUGGUAAAGAAGGGUUGUCAAGGACUUUGUUAGAGAUUGAAUUUGAGUUCUUGGACAAGUCUUCUUUUUGGAACCUCUGUUUCCUCUACAGUAGAUCAGGGCUAUGUUAAAAAAAGAUGUAGUCGUGGAUGGGACAAAGCUUGUGUUUUGUAGAAAAACUGAUGCUUCUGCGUCUGUCACAUCUUUGCUCUCACCUCUGGAAGCUGUGAGCUACUAAACUGGAGUUAGCUGAACUUGCUAAGGAAGCAGGCUACCUGGGCGUGCAUUUGCUUUUGCUCAGGCCAAAAGGAGGUUCAAGGUGACAGCCCAAGGCUGGGCGGUCCCAAAUAUUUGUCUUUUGUUUGAUUGCUACAGUCUGCAUCUUGAGUGAGUCACAGCCACUUGCCAUGGUGAAAUGGCAAAUCCCAGCUUCCUGUGGUUCCAAAAGUCUGUGACUGGAAAUCCACAAUUGAGCCAGUGGUUAAAGCCGGUUAAAAGACAGCCUGGGUAUUCUAGAAGUGUUUGAGAAUCGAGGAGAAAGCUUAUACAUAAACUCCAUGCUGUCUUCAGCAUUGUUUUUCAGAGGAAAUACUCAUUGCACUCUGGUUAGGGCUUAGUGUAUCUCUCUCUACCUACCUUUGACUUGGAAUGAGGAGAGGAGGAGAUAGGUUCUGUUGUAUUUUUCUGUUCUGUUCUCUCCCUUCCCCUGUUUCCUUCUUCAAUCCCCUCUCAUGCACAUGCGCACAUUAACCUUGAAGCUGAUGAGAUUGAGUGACUGGCACUUGGGACCACAGAGAAAUGUCAGUGUUUGGUUACAGACUCAAGAAAACCUCUCAUUUUAGAGUGCUCAUUUGGUUUUAAGCAAAAAUUUGAACUGUGAAGCAAGGCCUUGGGUGAAGACAAAAUGGCCUCACCGGCUGACAGUUGUAUACAGUUCACCCGCCAUGCCAGCGACGUCCUUCUCAACCUUAAUCGCCUCCGAAGUCGCGACAUCUUGACGGAUGUUGUCAUUGUGGUUAGUCGUGAGCAGUUCAGAGCCCAUAAGACAGUUCUCAUGGCCUGCAGUGGCCUAUUCUAUAGCAUCUUCACAGACCAGUUGAAAUGCAACCUCAGCGUGAUCAAUCUGGAUCCUGAAAUCAACCCUGAAGGGUUCUGCAUCCUCUUGGACUUCAUGUACACAUCUCGGCUCAAUCUGCGAGAAGGCAACAUCAUGGCUGUGAUGGCCACAGCCAUGUACCUGCAGAUGGAGCACGUUGUGGACACGUGCCGGAAGUUCAUCAAAGCUAGUGAAGCAGAGAUGGUUCCUACCAUGAAGCCUCCUCGGGAAGACUUCCUCAACAGCCGGAUGCUGAUGCCCCAAGACAUCAUGGCCUAUCGGGGCCGGGAAGUGGUAGAAACCAGCCUACCAUUAAGAAAUACCCCCGGGUGUGAGAGCAGAGCCUUUGCCCCCAGCCUGUACAGUGGUCUGUCCACACCACCAGCCUCUUAUCCCAUGUACAGCCACCUCCCAGUCAAUGGCUUCCUCUUCCCUGAUGAAGAGCUGAGAGAUGCCCGGAUGCCUGUGGCCAACCCCUUUCCCAAGGAACGGGCCCUUCCCUGUGAUAGUACCAGGCCAGUCCAUGGCGAGUACAGCCGGCCAGCCAUGGAGAUGCCACCCAGUGUGUGCCACAGCAACAUCUACUCACCCAAGGAUGCAGUCCCAGAUGAAGCACGAAGCGACAUGCACUACAGUGUGGCAGAGGGCCCCAAGCCUGCUGCCCCCUCGGCUAGAAACGCCCCAUACUUCCCUUGUGACAAGACCAGCAAAGAAGAAGAGAGACCUUCUUCAGAGGAUGAGAUUGCCUUGCACUUCGAGCCCCCCAAUGCGCCCUUGAACCGGAAGGGUCUGGUUAGUCCACAGAGCCCCCAGAAAUCUGACUGCCAGCCCAACUCACCCACAGAGUCCUGCAGCAGCAAGAACGCCUGCAUCCUCCAGGCUUCUGGUUCCCCUCCAGCCAAGAGCCCCACGGAUCCCAAAGCCUGCAACUGGAAGAAGUACAAGUUCAUCGUGCUCAACAACCUCAACCAGAAUGCCAAACCAGAGGGGCCAGAGCAGGCUGAGCUGAGCCGCCUCUCUCCGAGGGCCUACCCUGCCCCACCUGCCUGCCAGCCACCCAUGGAGCCUGAGAACCUUGAUCUCCAAUCCCCAACCAAGCUCAGUGCCAGUGGGGAGGACUCCACCAUCCCCCAAGCCAGCCGGCUCAAUAACCUCGUUAAUAGGUCCCUGACAGGCUCACCCCGCAACAGCAGUGAGAGCCACUCACCACUCUACAUGCACCCCCCGAAGUGCACAUCCUGCGGUUCUCAGUCCCCGCAGCAUGCAGAGAUGUGCCUGCACACUGCGGGCCCCACGUUCCCAGAGGAGAUGGGAGAGACUCAGUCUGAGUACUCAGAUUCCAGCUGUGAGAACGGGGCCUUCUUCUGCAAUGAGUGUGACUGCCGCUUCUCUGAGGAGGCUUCGCUCAAGAGGCACACACUGCAGACCCACAGUGACAAACCCUACAAGUGUGACCGCUGUCAGGCCUCCUUCCGCUACAAGGGCAACCUUGCCAGCCACAAGACCGUCCACACAGGUGAGAAACCCUAUCGGUGCAACAUCUGUGGGGCCCAGUUCAACCGGCCAGCCAACCUGAAAACCCACACACGAAUCCACUCGGGGGAGAAGCCCUACAAAUGCGAAACCUGUGGAGCCAGGUUUGUCCAGGUGGCCCACCUCCGUGCCCACGUGCUUAUUCACACUGGAGAAAAGCCUUACCCCUGUGAAAUCUGUGGCACCCGCUUUCGGCACCUUCAGACUCUAAAGAGCCACCUGCGCAUCCACACAGGAGAGAAACCUUACCAUUGUGAGAAGUGUAACCUGCAUUUUCGUCACAAAAGCCAGCUGCGACUUCAUUUGCGCCAGAAGCACGGUGCCAUCACCAACACCAAGGUGCAAUACCGUGUGGCCACCACUGACCUGCCUCCGGAGCUCCCCAAAGCCUGCUGAAGCAUGGAGUGUUGAUGCUUUCCUCUCCAGCCCCUUCUCAGAAUCGACCCAAAGGAUACUGUAACACUUUACAACCUUCAUCCCAUGAUGUAGUGCCUCUCUCAUCCAGUAGUGCGAAUCGUAGCUGGGGUGGGGGGGUGGG